AUGUGUUUCAGUGACUCUAAAUUGGAUGAUUAUGAAGGAGAAACUGAAGACUUGCUGAACUUUGUUGUGUUUGUUGCAACAAAAAAUGACCCAAACCUAGAUUUGGACUCUGAAUCAGAAGCUGAAGAAGUCUUCAGUCCCAAGAAAGCUUAUUAUACUCUCUAUGAUAAUUGGAUCUUUCUCAGUCAAGACAAGCUACAACUGACAAAAGAAAAUCUGAAGCUAGAAUCAGAAAUUCAUCAACUGGAAGGUACAUCUAAGACCUAUAUUGAUAUUUUCCCUAUUGAGCUUGUUCCUAAGUGUGGCAGGUCAACAAAAUCAAAAUGUGAGUUUUUGGAAAAGGAAAUUGCCCGAAAUAAGGAAAGAGCAACUCAGUUGGAAAAUCAGCUUAAUGACGGUCACAAGAAGUUGCAGAUGCUCAACAGUGGGUCUCAAAGUCUUGAUCAGAUUCUGGGUAUGGGUAGACUUGAGUCAGGGCAUCGGGUUUUAGGGUAUCAAGGUUUUUAA